CUAUUAGAUAAUAAACCAAGACAUCAUCAACUUGUCUACUUCUUCUCUCUCGUUUUGCAGAUUUUAUCAUCUUUGUUUCUCUCAGAUUCCACAAAAACAUUUGUUUUUUUUUGCGUUGGAAUCUGUGAGGAACAGAGGAUAAGGUAUCAUGGGUUCCAUCUCUUUAUCCAAUUCUCUGCCCAUAACGCGACUUCCUCUACUUACAUCACUCAAUCAAUCCCUUCUUCCCACUUCUCCAUCCUUCUCACUUCCUCCUCUCCCCAACCGUCGUCGCUCCAGUUUUUCACAGAGAAUUGCCGCAUCUGCCGUCUUCUCAGCUCCUGCCGGCGUCAAUGACUCCCUUCCGGCAAGAAACGAGGGCUACACCGUUGGUGAUUUCAUGACAGGGAGACAGCAUCUCCAUGUUGUUAAGCCUUCAACCUCGGUAGAUGAUGCAUUGGAACUUCUGGUUGAGAAAAAAGUCACUGGAUUGCCUGUAAUUGAUGACGAUUGGAACCUGGUUGGUGUUGUUUCUGAUUACGACUUGCUUGCACUGGAUUCCAUUUCUGGCCGCUGCCAAAAUGAAACCAACUUGUUCCCUAACGUCGACAGUACCUGGAAAACGUUCAAUGAACUCCAGAAACUGAUAAGUAAGACACAUGGACAAGUGGUUGGGGACUUGAUGACGCCUUCCCCUCUGGUUGUCCGUGGUUCAACCAACUUAGAAGAUGCAGCCAGGUUGCUUCUGGAAACAAAGUUCCGAAGAUUACCAGUCGUGGAUUCAGAUGGAAAACUGAUUGGGAUCCUUACAAGGGGGAACGUAGUAAGGGCUGCACUGCAGAUCAAGCGUGAAACAGAGAACUGUGAAACUUAGCUAGAUAAUCCCUUUCAAUCUGCCAUAGUUAAAUAGCAAAUCUGUUCAUUCCAUUCAUGGAAGUAUAUAUAAUGUAAACCCAAACUGGGAAUUCAAGACGUUAUUGUGUAGGGCAAAGUCUAUUCUCUA